AUGACGAAGGUUACAGCAAUAUGGUUUCUAGCAUUGGCAGCAACGUUGAGCUUUCAGGAAAGGCCCACUGGCAAUCUUGUGUAUGCAGAUAACUUCACCAUUGGAACAAGCGCCGUGCCUUUCAGCUGCAGCGACGGAGGAGACAUUUCAUGCGGGGGAGCCGUUUCUAUCAACCAGUUAUCGGGAGGGAUUAUAUUGCUGGCCCCUUCUUCAAACAGGUCUCAGCCCGGAUCAUGGGGCACGGCUCUGACGUCCAAGCCCAUCGACCUGCUGGACCCGCAGACAAAAGCCUGGCAUUCCUUCAGCACCUUCUUCCAGUUUAUGAUCACUUCACUGCGCGGGGACUGGGCAGGCGACGGCAUGGUGUUCGCGCUGCUAGGAGACGGUGGGUUCCGUGGAGUAGCAGGCACAGGCUUCGGAGUGUACAACGAGUCCAAGCAAGUGGUGAAGACGCUGGCGGUGGAAUUCGACACGUUCUUCACCAAGGCUGACGAGAGAGUUGGGGACGUAGACAGCAAUCACGUGGGCGUGGACACAGAGGUCAGCCAGUCCAAAGCUUCGAAGUCCGCGAGUAAUUUGGGCAUGAAGCUCUUCGGCAACCAAGUCUUUGUCUGGAUAGACUACGAUGCUCUGACGCAGAUCUUGGAAGUCAGGAUCAAUUACUUGAAAUUCCCCAAACCCGCUGUCUCUUUUCUGAACACCACCAUCAAUCUGACGGAAGUCUUCGGAAGCUCCCCCAUCUACGCGGGCUUCUCGACAGCAAACGGCGCCAGCAACAAGAGCGGAAUCUACCACAUCGCCGAGUGGAGCUUCGAGCAUUUCCCCGCCGUGGGCUCGGCGGGGUCCCAAUUUAACCCCGGCAGCCGCUCGUUGAACGGCACUGGAAGCAGCACCAACGAGGUGGCGUUGAUCGCAGGAGUCACGGCGGGUGCCUUCUUCCUCCUCCUUCUAGCGGGGCUCCUCGUCUUCUGCGUCUGGAGACGAAGCGAUUCCCGCUCGCGCCUGAGAACGGGCACGGGCCUCACGAGCUCCAUCGCCAUGGGGCACAACAGUCUACAAUACACCUACGACCAGUUAAGGCAUGCCACUAGCCAAUUCAGCUCAAAAUUGGGCCAGGGAGGAUUUGGGAGCGUGUACGAAGGGUGGCUGCAGCCGCCUCGCGGAGGCAAGCCGCAACACGUGGCCGUGAAGAGAAUGGUCGAGACCUCGACUCCAGGCGAGUUCGAGUCCGAGGUGCUGACGGUGAGCGAGGUCCGCCACAAGGGCAUCGUGAAACUGCUCGGUUGGUGCAGCCACGAGGGCGUGUUCCUGAUCGUCUACGAGCUCAUGCCCAACGGAAGCUUGGACAAGGCGCUCUUCUACGCCGACGACGGCUAUGUGCUCCCGUGGGAGAGCCGGAUGAACAUCCUCAAGGGCGUCGCGGAGGCUCUGCACUAUCUUCACGACAGUCACGACCAGAAGGAGCAGAUCAUUCACAGAGACAUCAAGACCAGUAACAUUUUAUUGGACGCCGACUACAAUCCGAAAUUGGGUGACUUCGGGCUGGCGCGGGUGUUGGAUCGAACCAAGAACCCCGCGCCUAUGACGGUGGCCGGAACGCCAGGAUUUCUUGCGCCAGAGGUCUCAGUCGACGAGACGUUCACGACGAGGUCCGAUGUGUACGCGUUCGGAAUGGUCGCUCUGGAGAUCGUCACGGGACGGCAGGCGAUGACGCACACCGAGUCGCUCAAGGACAUCGUCUGGAAGAAGCGCGAGGAAGAGACGCUGCUGUCGUGCGUCGAUUUUAGGCUCGAUAAUCUAGGCUACGAUCAGCGAAUGGCAGAGAAGGUGCUGGGGCUGGGGCUGCUGUGCUGCCUCUACGACCCCCAUGCGCGACCCACCAUGAAAGAGGUGGUGGAGAUUCUGGCGGGGAGCAAGCCUCUGCCCGACGUUCCAGCUACGCAGCCGCAUCCAAAUUUGGAUCACCAUUUGAAAACCAUCAUGACGCUCGAUACGACCAUUCAACGGCUCCAAGACGACGCGGUCAUGGGCCAUUCCUCCUUCCGGCACUCGAGAACGUCGACUUCCUCGGAGCCCCCUGCCGCCAGCAACUCAUCCACCUCGAUCUCUACGACGUCGGCCUCGAGUACAAUUAGAUCCUCGGCGUCGACGUCCAUGUCGAAACCGUCAGGCUGA